UAGGUACAAUCCGGCGCACACGACACCGAAGCGCCACAUGGGAUAUUGACAGUUCGCAACCCCUGCACUUGUGACGUCUCACGAUGAUGAAAGUUGUAUUUUUAUUUGGAGUGGUGGCGCUAGUGAGCUCGGCGCCGCAGCAGAAGCCAGCCGACCAGGUCAUCGCGAUCAUCAAUCAGGACUUCGACCAGCAGCCCGAUGGAUCAUAUAGAUACAGUUACGAGACUGAGAACGGUAUCAAAGCUGAAGAGACCGGGUCUGUGAAGAAGGCCAGUGGUCCCGACACCGCCGACGUCAUCAUAGCGCAAGGCGGCUUCAGCUACACGGCGCCCGACGGCACCGUCAUCAACUUGAACUACAUCGCCGACGACGAGAACGGUUUUAAGCCAGAGGGUGCCCAUUUACCGACUCCACCGCCAAUACCGCCGGCAAUCCAAAAGGCCCUGGACUACUUAGCCACUCUGCCGCCACCGCCUCCCUCGAGGAACUAAGCCGGACCCACAGUGACCCUGACCUUGUCUACGAUGACCGCAUUGCCCUACCGAACCGGCCACCGAAUGCUCAUACCGCUUUAGAAACAAUUUAAAGUACUUGUUAUUCCAAAUUAUUUUAAGUCUAACAAUAAAGAUAAAUUAGAUUUUAACACGUUGUUAUCAAAGCGGUACAACUCAAUAAUCUUAACAAUGUAUAAAGCAAUAAAAAAUCAAAUAAAAAUGAACGCAUACAAUGACUGAACUGUGAUAGUUACCGAUGAUAGAGCGGAAAGAAAAUGUUUGUACUAUUUAUUAUU